CUUCAAUCUUGAUGUUUACACAAAAAAUGCUUUUCGUGGUUUUCUUACAAAUUUGAAUGCUCACCACACGCCGUGGAAUGUGGAAUUUGGGUGACCAAGUCAGUCAUUAAUUUCUCUCUUCUUCCUGGAAGUGUAUUGGUGGUUGGGUACUUCACUGAUCUUGUUGAAUGAAAGCCACGCCCUCCUUAGGCUGAUGGAGAAGUCAUUUUGCCUCUCACUGCAAAACUCUGAAAGUAUAGAGAGCUGCAUUCCUCUUCUCUUCGUCUUUGCUUUUCUUAUCUUUCCUUGGUGAACUCCAACUCUGUGUGAUCUGUAUCUUCACUUCCCAAGGAAAUCCUUUGAUCUCCUUCUGUUUCUACUUCUCUUUUUGUUGGUUUCUAAUUUUGUCUACUUUGAAAAAUAAUCGAAAAAUAAAAAGUAAAAAAGAGGCAAAAAUCCAUUGGAACAAGAAUGGAAAGUAUCCCUAUUUCAAUUGCAGCGAAAAUAGCAGAGUACACUGUUGCACCAGUUGGACGGUGGCUAUGCUAUUCAUUUCACUACAGCAAAAACAUGGAAAAUCUGAAGAAUCAGAAAGAGAAGCUGCAAGAUGCUAAAGAGAGGUGGCAACAGUCCGUUGAUGAUGCUUUAAUAAAAGGUGAGAAAAUUUAUUCUGAUGUUAGCAAGUGGUUGGGAAAGUUUGAUGCAAUUACAAACUCGGCCACUAGCAUACUUCGUGAAGGUGAAGAAAAAGCAGAGGGGAGGAGCUCUCACGCGACAUGCCUGAACUUGAAGCAACGACAUCGAUUAAGCCGAGAAGCAAAUAAGAUGGUGAGAAAUAUUGUUAAACAUCUUGAAAAUGGAAACUUCACCACAGUUGGCUUUCUUCCUGCUGCACAAGAUCAUAUGGUGACUACAAGAGUCAAGAAUUAUGUGACCUUGGAUUCGAGAACAUCACUUGUGAACGGAAUUAUGGAGAAAUUGGGAGAUGCUAAUAUCAACAAGAUUGGCGUGUGGGGGAUGCCUGGAGUUGGAAAGAGUACACUGAUGAAAGAAAUUGAGAGGCGAGCCAAGGAAGAAAAGUUAUUCCAUGGGGUUGUUCUGGCAGCUGUCACAGAGAACCCAGACCUGAGUCGAAUUCGAGAACAAAUUGCGGUCAUGCUAAAUCAAGUGCUUCAUCGUCAACAAACUGAAAUCGGAAGAGAAAAUGAUCUACAGCGAGAGAGUUCAACAAAAGACGCGAAGUUACUUGUUAUCCUGGAUGAUAUAUGGAAGCCAAUUGAAUUGGAGGACAUAGGAAUUCCUUCUGAAGGAUGCAAAGUAGUAUUGACAUCGAGAAAUCGAGAUGUAUUAGUUAAUGGGAUGGGAACCGAAGCGAAUUUUGAACUCGAGAGUUUAGGAGAAGAAGAAGCGUGGAACUUAUUUGAAAAGAUGGCGGGUGAUUCCGUCAAGGAUCGUGACGUGCGAGAAGUAGCUAUUAAGGUAGCUAAAGAGUGUGCAGGUCUUCCGGUUGCACUUACAACAGUUUCCAAGGCAUUAAAAGGUAAGAGUUUGAGUAUAUGGAAGGAUGCAGAGUUGCAACUAAAAAGACCCCCUCCUGUAGACGUCCCAGAAAUAGUGUCACCCAUAUAUUCUUGCAUAGAGCUGAGUUAUAAUCAUCUUGCUGAUAAAGAGCUCAAAUCCCUCUUUUUGCUUUGCGCUCUAGUAGGCCAGUUCAACAUCUACUAUCAGGACUUGUUGAAAUAUGGUUUCGGUUGGGGUUUAUUCCAACGCAAUAUUGUUACAUUGGAAGAAGCAAGACACAAACUAGAUAGUUUAGUUAGUGAUCUACAAGACUCUUGUUUGCUACUUGAAAGUUCGAAUACCUCUGGGGAAUUUUACAUGCAUGAUGUUGUUCGUUAUGUCGCUACAAUAAUUGGAUCAAAUCAUCGUAAUAUGUUAGCCAUGAGAGACAGUGGUGGGCUAAAAGCAUGGCCGGAUGUAGAUUCACUCAAAAGAUGUCAAGCGUUCUCUAUUCUUGGUGGAGAUAUCGAUCAACUUCCCAAUGAAAUGGAAUGUCCCGAAUUAAGACUCUUUUAUGUCCAUUUAGAAGAUCGUUCUUUGCAGAUACCGGACACUUUUUUCCAAGGGAUGGACAAGCUCAAUGUUUUAGACAUGACGAAAAUGCAACUUCCAUCACUUCCUUCGUCUCUUCUUCAUCUUAGAAACCUACAAACAUUAUGUCUGGCUCAAUGUGUGUUGGGAGACAUAUCUGGGAUUGGAGAACUCAAGAACUUAUUAAUUCUUAGUCUUCUUCAUUCUGACAUUUCAACAUUGCCAAGAGAAAUAGGGUCGUUGGUUCAUUUGCGGUUGUUAGAUUUGAGGAAUUGUUCCAAACUCGAAAUGAUUCCCCCAAAUGUCAUAUCAAGGUUGGUCAAAUUAGAAGAGUUGUAUAUGGGAAACAGCUUUGUUCAAUGGGAGGAUGAAUGUCUCAAUGAUGAAAGAAAAAAUGUCAACCUUGCUGAGCUCAAACAUUUGUCAAAGUUGACGACUUUAGAGAUACAAAUUCCAGAUGCCAACAAUCUACCGAAAGAUUUAGUGUUCAAAAAGUUGGAGAGAUACACAAUAUGCAUAGGAGAUGUCUGGCACUGGAUUGAUAGUGCUGAUCAGUCCUCAAGAACACUAAAACUCAAGCUGAAUUCAAGCUUUCAAUUGGAAUUUUGGGUCAAAAUGCUAUUAAAGAGAACGGAAAAUCUUCAUUUAGAUGAGUUGGAUGGUGUUAAGAGUGUUAUACCUGAAAUAGAUGAAGAAGGUUUUCAACAACUUAUGCAUCUCCAGAUCCAAAAUAAUGGUGAGAUCAAGCAUAUCCUUAACUUGAGGACACUAGUUAUUGCGUUUCCUACCUUGGAGACGUUGGUUCUUGAAAAUAUGAUUAGUUUGGAAGAAAUAUGUCACGGAAAACUUUGCGUGACAUCCUUUAAUAACUUGAGAGUUUUAGAGGUGAAAAGCUGUAAUAAAUUAAGAUAUGUCUUCUCAUCAUCCAUUGCCAGGGGCCUUCCAUUACUUGAAGAAUUGGAGGUAAGAAGUUGCAACAACAUGGGUGCAAUAGUCGUGGAAGAAGAAGAAGAUGGAGAUACAAUAUUAUUUCAUAAACUGCAUACCUUGGUGCUGAUUUAUCUUCCAAAGCUCGUGAGCUUCUUAAGCACAAAAAAUUCAUUCAUGACUGAUUGCGGAGAAAUCAUUAUGGAGGGCAACCAAGAUAUUCACAUGCCACUUCUACAUCAUCAGGUUGCCUUCCCUAGCUUGAAAAAACUAACUAUGAAGGGUCUACCCAAGAUAAAGCACGUAUGGAGUUUGAAAAGUUUCUUUCCAACCUCAGUCAUUAGCAAUCUGGAACAAUUGAAAAUACUCCAUAUUGAUGAUUGUGGGAUCGAGGAAAUUGUUAUAGAUGAAGGAGGAAGAGAUCAAGCUGUAGCAAGGUUGGUGUUCCCUCGAGUAACUGAAUUGUAUCUUCGAAAUUUACGUAAACUCAAGUGGUUUUACAAAGGAAUGCAUGUUUCAACAUGGCCGAUGCUGAAAAAGAUGAGGAUCUAUGAAUGCAAGAAAGUUAAGAUAUUUGCUGCUGGAGUUGUGAACUUUCAAGAAACAGUUGAAGCGAGGCAGUCCAUUAAACAACCCUUUUUCUUGGUGGAUGAGCUCUCAUUCCCAAGCCUGGAGAGUCUGAGCAUUUUGCACAUGGAUAUGUUGGAAAUUAUAUGGCAGGAUCAAGUCUCCGCCAUUUCCUUUUCCAACAUUCAAGAUUUGUGGAUUUCUUUUUGUGAAAAGUUGUUGCACGUCUUUCAAUCUAAUCUACUUACAACAACAUUCAUGCAAAGUCUAAGUACUCUAAGUAUAGCAAGGUGCAGUUCGUUAGAAAGUAUAUUUGAAAAGUUAGAGGUAGCUUUAAUAGCCCUAAAGUCAGGGAUGACGGAAGACGGAUCUGGAGCAGCCACUCAUUUUGUACUGUUACCUACACUUACUGAAGUUAGACUUUAUAAUUUGCCAAAACUCAAGUGGAUUUUGGAAGGGGAGCAUACUUUGGAAUGGCCUUCAUUGAAAAAAUUGCAACUGUGGCGUUCUCAACAAAUACUCAUGAACAGGAUUUUGGUUUCAAAUUUUUCCAACAUGAGUUGCACUCAACAACCCAUUGUGGUGGUUAAGGAGUCUACGUUCCCCAACUUGGAGAUUUUGACAUUGCACUUCAAUCGAAUGGCCAUAUGGCCUAGCAAAUUUCCAGAUUUUGCUCCAUCUUUUCUUACAAGAAUGCCAAAUCUGUUGGAAUUUAAAGUAUAUGAUAGUGGCUGGAAGGAAAUAUUCCCUUAUGAACUUCUUGAUCCUGAAGUACAAGUUAUGAUAGUCCCACGAUUAAGACGACUAUUGCUCGAAUCUCUACCUAUGCUUGCACAUUUGUGGAAAGAAGACACCCAGCCAUGCCCACUUUUUUAUAAUUUGGAAAUUCUUGACGUGUUGAAAUGCAACAAAUUGAGAAUUUUAGUGCCAUCCACGGUAUCUCUUCGAAAUUUGACAGAUUUAAGUGUAUCAAACUGUCAUGGAUUGAUCAAUUUAGUUACAUCUUCAACGGCCAGAACUCUGCUGCAACUCAACAAAAUGACUAUAAGAAAAUGCAAAAACAUUACAAUAAUUGUAGCAAUGGAGGAUGGUGAAGCAAAUGUGGCGAUUACUUUCAACAAAUUAACAUACUUAGAACUUGAUGGCUUACCAAACCUCACAAACUUUUGCUCUGGAGCUUCUUCCUUUUGGUUCCCAUCUUUAGAGAGAGUAAUUGUGAGAUGUUGUCCCGAGAUGAAGACUUUCUGUCAGGGAAUCUUAAGUACACCAAAGCUGAAAGGAGUACAAGCAACAAAAUAUAAAGAUGAUUCACAUUGGGAGCAUGACCUUAAUACCACCACACUUCGGCUUUGGGAGUCAAAUGACGAUGAUACUCAAUGGUUACUCAGAGAAAUGGUAAGUAUAUUCUCAACUUACAAAACCAUGAAUUUUUAUCUUUGAAUGCAAUAAUCCGUUACUACAAGUAACCAAUAUACUCUCCAAAUUAACACUCUAAAUAGUUUAAAUAUAUAAGUAUUCCAAACUUUGGUACUUUUAGCUGUGAAAUCAUCACUUGUCCUAAAAACUUAAGUUAAUGGGAAGAGAUAAGUAGUUAUGAAUAUUAUUUUACAUUCCCCCUCAGAGUCAAAGGUGGGUCAGACUCCUCCCAAUAAUUAGGACCAUCAAGUGGAAUAUUUAAUUAGUUGGGUGAAGUAUAGAGUCAGGUUUCAAACUUAAUUAAAAUGUUCUCUACUCUGAUACCAUAUGAAAUCACUACUUGUCCUAAAAGUUUAAGCUGAUAAGAAAAUCAAGUAGAUAGUUAUGUAUAUCCUUUCACAUUAGCAACACUUAAUUCUCAUAAAUCACACAAAAAAAAAAAAAAAAGGGAAAGCCAAGUGAGCCGGAUGGUUUGUAGUCUGGAAAGAUAGAAAUACAAUUUAUCUAUUUGAUUUUUUUUUAUAUUUAUUUAUGAAAAGCUUCCUUGAUGAUACUAAUUUGAUAUUUGAACCUUUUAUCUUUAUAAAUAUGUUGUUUU